UCCAGGAAAGGUACAACAGGACACGCUCUUCCACAACUUUUUGUCGACCCAGAUAUUCUGGCGGAUAAGCGACCAACUUGCUUUUGAAACAUUGAAUGUGGGGUCGUUUCGGGGAAAGGGGAAGUCAUACGCAGUAGGCUUGUGUAUUUCUUCCUCUCUUAGGUUCAGAUACUGUAUUUGAUAUUGGCCAACGCGCCUUUCUUGCCCCUUCUCUUGGGGUUUGUUGGUUAACCAGCGGGGUUGUAGCGAUGGGGGAUGUCAUUUCCACUCACCUGGACGAGGGCAAGCGAAAGAUGAUUACCGCUCGUACCAGGCAGGUGACGGAGGAGUUUGGCCAUGUGUACGAGCAGCAGUAUGCAGUGGCCCUCUUCAACAGUGUCCGCUUUGAGAUGGAGGGGGGAGGAGGGCCCCAGCCACAGCUCCUGCACCGCAAGGACCCUCUGGAGGACCGCUCCAUCUUUUCUGGGGGUCUGUUCCAGUACCUGGAGGAAAACAAGAGAUGGAGGAACCGCUUUGUCUUCGUGGCCGACACCUACAACAUCAGCUUCUAUGAAAACAAAGUGGCUCACGAGAGGGGCUUGCGCCCUAAAGGAACCAUAAACUGUGCUGGAUACAAAGCUCUGACCUCCAUGGAGGAGUAUCUUGAACUGAUCAACACCAGCCUGCCAGGUAUAAAGGCCAAGGUGGACAGUGGUCCGUUUGUGAAGUGUGCCACCCAGUUCCCUCUGAUCCUGUGGCAUCCAUACGCCCGCCACCACUACUUCUGUGUGCUGACAGAGAAGGAGCAGAAGAAGUGGCACGCUGUGCUUCAGGACUGUGUCAGACACAGCAACAAUGGUCUGUCAGAGGAGUGCAGGGUGCAGACCCCGGCCUUCACAGAUGCGGUGCGACUCCACAGGCAGGCUCAGGGACACUACGGCACCUGGGACAUGAUGUGUGGAGGGCCACCACAGAUCCUAGCCAACCUAGUGAUGGAGACUCUCCAUCCAGAGUUGAGGAAUCUGAUUGGUCCUCGUCUGAAGGGGAAGAUGCAACAGCGACAGAGGAACUGGAUGCUGAUCUCUGAGGCGGUGUAUAAGCAGGUGUUGUCUCAGACUCAGGCCCAGUAUGAGGCUUUAGUCCAGGCCUGUGAGGUUGAGACAUCCCGUCUAGACGCAGUGUUACGCACAGACAUGGACCAGAUAAUCACCUCCAAGGAACACGUCAGUGGCAAGAUCCGCGCUUUGGUGUUCCCCAGGGCAGAGCAGCUACUGCGGGGCAGCGUCCAGCCCUACCUCAGCUCCAUCCUGGAGGCCCUGAUGGAGCCUACCAGCCGAGGCUUUUCCGAGGUCCGAGACGUCUUCUUCAGAGAGCUGGUGGAGGUCAGCAAGAACACGCUCAACGGAGGGGGCAAGGACAAACUGGGGGAGCACAUGGACAAGAUCUCUAUGCUGGCGUUCCACCCGGUGAAGAUGCAGAGCUGCUAUGAGAAGGUGGAGCAGCUGAGUCUGGAGGGACUACAGCAGAGGUUUGAUGUGUCCAGCCCCUCCGUGUUCGUCCAGAGGGCUCAAAUCCUCAUGAGAGAGCAAAUGGCCAAUGCUGUCUACACGUUUGAGCAUCUGCUCCACCAGAGUCUGGAGGGAAAGGUCCAGGGAGGAGAGGACCUGUGUAAGACCAUCCACUGCUGUCAGGACAGAGUGCUCAAGAAAUAUGACUAUGACAGUAGCACGGUGCGUAAGAAGUUCUUCAGAGAGGCCCUGCUACAGAUCAUUAUCCCCUACAUGCUGAAGCAGCUCUCUCCCUCCUGCCAUCUGGACCUCCCUCGCUUCCAGGAGCUGAUCUUUGAGGACUUCUCCCGGUUCAUCCUGGUGGAGAACGUGUUUGAGGAGGUGGUGCUGCAGUCUGUCACCAAGGACAUCAUGAUGGCUGUGAAAGAGGCGGCGGUCCAGAAGAGACACAACCUGUACAGAGACAGCCUGAUCCUAACCAACAGCGACCCCAACCUCCACCUGCUGGGGGAGAACCCCUCGGUGGACUGGGCCACCCAGUUCAGGGGUGGGAAUGAGGAACCUGAGGUGGCCUUGGGAGGAGGCGGCCAGUCCAGCAGGAGGCGCAGGCAAGUGGUCUCCAUGAUCCAGCUGGACGAGAUGGGUCCGCUGCCCUACGAGUCAUGCCUGGAGGUGCCGGGGGUGGACUUCAUCCCUGAGGAGGGAGAGAUGGAGGAGGAGGUGGAAGUGGAGGAGGUGGAGGUUAAAGCUCAGGAGCCCAAGGAGCCAGAGACCCCCACGGAACCAGACCACCCCAAGGGGCCUGAUUCUCCAGACAGCAUGCAGGAGAUCCGUUACCUCAUCAAACCGGUGGUGGAGAUGGUGGUCCCGGCUUCAGAGGAGGACAUAGCUGUUCUCACCAAUGGGACAGGGACGCUGACGCUGGAGGAUGGGAAGGAGGAGGAGGUGACACUCAUCACCACCUUGGUGGAGAUGCACAGGAAGUCACCACAGUGGAUGAGCGCCCCACAGGAAGUGAGCGAGCAGCUGGUAGAAACAGGAAGUCCAGACCAGGAAGCUGAGGGGGGGCUUCAGGAAAAGGGGGAGGCAGCUAUUGAGGACAAGGGGGAGGAAGACGAGGCGGCCAUCAAGAACACCAUACAGGAAAUAGAGAUAGCGGUACAGGAAGAGGACGGAAAGAGGAUAACUGAGUGUGCCGUAUACUCUGACGCAGAGCUGGCCCCGCCAUUGGCCGACUCCAGCCCCUGGGGCCAUGAUGACAGCAGGUUCCAGUCGCCGACGAAUGAGGUCUUGGAUGAGGGCAAAUCUCAGCUAAUCAUGGAUGCUCUGAAAACAGAGGUUACUGUAGUCGACCCAGGAGAGGUGGUGGUGGUUUUAGAGCAGGGAGACACUGCACUUCACAACGACUACGAGACCGGGGAGGACUUCACUGGGAAAACCGCAGAGUGCGAGACAGAAAUGUUAUAUGAGAUUUGAAUGGGAGGACAAACGUUUUAUUUUUGUCGGUGUUAACUGAUCAUUCCUGACCCCUCAGCAUUGUUUUAUGGUUAUAAUGCCGACAGUCACAUCUACAACAGUGGCCAAUUCAACUGUGACUCCCAACCUCUCUCAUCUGGAGUCAUGUUUGUUCGUUUAAUUUCUCUUAACUUUACAUUUUAUUUGACUCUAUUCCUCAAGCGUUUGUGUAUGACACUGAACCCCAGGUAUCUGGGAAAAAUGUAUGCACUCACUAACUGUAAGUCUCUCUGGAUAAGAGCGUCUGCUAAAUGACUAAAAUGUAAAAUGUAAAUCUGCUGCAUUAUCCUUAGAUUGUGUGGUCACUAAGAAGUAAGGAAUUUAAAUAAUUUAAGUCAGAAUUGGAUAAGGGAUGUGGGGAGAAUUGCAGAUGCAGAAGAUACACAUUACACUACAGAGGCCUAUCUGCAAGGGCCCUAAGGAUAUGUUCACAGAUGCCUGACAUAGGUAGUUAUAACUCUAUGGUGCAUGGGCGCAGUCACACACCCACUGGUCAUUGCAUGACCUUUUAUUCAGCAGUAGGGGGCACUGUAGGCAGGCGGUUGACGCAAACAGUCUGGCAUGUCUUCCUACUGUAAUGGACAUCGUUGUGUAUAAACAUAUCAUUAUAGAGAUGUAGCUAUCAUUGCAUUCAGGGUCUGGGAGCUCUGCUUUUUAACAUGUUUUUACAUUGACUUAGCAACUUGUAUAAAACCAGUCAGACAUUGUGUCUUGAAUAAGUGUAAGUUGAACCUCCUUUUGAACCAUUAUUUUCACAAGUGGCCUUAUUGUUUCAACACUAUAUUUUUACAGUGCAUGACUUCAGCAUGAAAUGGCACUUGCUUGCUUACUUAUUUUCUAUGUAUGUUAGUCCAACCCUUAUUUAGUGUGAGGGGAGCGGCUCAAAUGGUAGCAGUCACUACAGUCGUAUUAUAGAUGCUAGAGGUCCCAUGUCGGCUACAGUGCUACUGAAAUGCACCAUCAUAAUUAUGCUAACAGUUGUUACUAAAGGGACUUGCUCUGCUGAUGUCUUGACUGUGAAUCAUCAGCAGAAUCUCUCAUUGAGAUGGAAUGUUCAGUCUGAGUGUGUGGUCUGGAAAACUGACAGCAGGCUAUGUACCUUGUCAUGAAGAGGCCUCUGUGUCAGUCUCUUCUGGCCAAACAACAAAGGGAAUCAUGGGGAAAUAACCAAGUCUAUAUCAGGUUAUUUUCCCCACUCUUAAAUGAGGGAAAUCAAAUUAUGAUUAUUUUCUAAACUAUCAAUGCUAUGUUUAUGGCCACUGUAUAUAUUUGAAGGCACAUUGUUCUUAAUCAGGCUUAAUCAGUUUGUAGCCUUGAGGAAAAUAUUUCCAUGUAACGCCAUGACUUAAAGGGUUAGUUCACUCAAAAAGUCAGUUUCCUUCCUCUUAUUUAUGACAAAUACUGUGUGCUGCUCAAUGCACCAGCCGCCGCUAUAUUCUUCAUUUUAUAUGUAAAGCUCUAUGCAAGAUCUUUUUAUUGGUUGUGUUUAGCUACAUGUAUGACUGAGUAUAUUUGUAUGGAUUAAUAAAUAAGUUGAUUUAUGGUU